CCAUUGAGCUAUAUCCUCAGUCCCCAGCUGCUCUGCAAGAAUUGGUGUUUUGUUUUCUGCUUUUAUCAACUGUUCCAUUAAAUGAAUGAGAAUGCCUUCAAAUGUUUAGCUUUUGUUUUUUUUUUUCUUUGAGGCAGGGUCUCACAGUGUAUCCCAUACUUUGCCUUAAAAACUCUCAAUCCUCCUGCCUCUGCCACUAUAGUGCUGGAUUAUAGGAGUUUUUAAACGAAGAAUUUCAACUCAAUGUAGCUCUAAGUUCAAUGGGACAGUUUUCUUUUUAUCUGUUUAUGUAUGUAUUUAUUUUUGACAAAUACUGGGGUUUGAUCUCAGGGCCCGUGUGCUUGUUAGACAGAUGCUUUACCACUAGAGCCAUACCCUCAUUCAACCUUUCUCUUUCUUUCUUUGCUUCUUUGUUUGUUUCUUUCUUUGUUUUCUUUUUUUCCUUUCUUUCUUGCAAAAAAAAUCAUCUUGGGCCUCUGUAGAAAACUUCAAAGGGAAUAGGAGUUAUCUACAUUACUGUCUUGAAAGCCUAUAAUCUUUUGGAAGGCAAAUAAACAUAAGAACAUGUUUUGGGAUAUUUUAAGUAUUUUUAAUUAUUGUAGCUCUGUAUUUGUGCAUUUCUUCAUAGAUGCCAGUUACAGUGGUUUUUCUGUGAGAUAACAGUUUGCUCUAAUCAUUAUUCAAGAAUUAGCUGUAGAACUAGAUAGCAGAGGUAUGUCUAAAAAAUAUUUCACAUGAAAAAGUAUUUUAAUUUAUGGACAAAGCUGUAUUAUUGAGAAAAUAGUGUGUUCUGUUGUCUAGCUCUCCUUGCAGUCUUAAAUUCUACACAUAGGAGUGUAAUUAAUAAGGCACAUCUGCAUCUCCUUCUGUUUUGUACUGGUCAGGCCACAUUAAGUCUUACAUUCAGUUCUUUACAGUCUCCUUUUAAGAACAAGAUUGCGAAAACCCAAAAGAAAGCAGCAAGUAGGUGAGGACACUUGAAAUCCCAUCCUGAGCAACACCUGACAGGACAGGCUCUUUCUAGAUCCUUGCUCAUCUUCCUGUCAAGUCUUCUUUGGAGAUACCCAGCAGCAUUCUAGUUAUUGUACAGUCAUUUCCUAUUUCUUACCAUCUUAAUUGAGCUUGAGGAGAGUAGGAAAACUCUUGUUUGGAAUUACUAAAACUCUCUCACAUCAGGCUGAACUGUGGAGCUGCUCGGGUGGUGGGGAAUGUAAUGUGCCCUGGUCAGGUCAUACAUUUGCACAAUUCUAAUGACGCGCCUUGCAUUGUCUUUAACUGACAACAGGAAGAGCUAAAGAGAGAUCUGAAAAUGAAGAAGGAGAAAGAAAUGGCGCAGGUGGUGCAGGCCAGUGCAGUAGCAACACCCACUCCCCCGGUGGCAGUGACCACGCCAGCACCGCCAGCCCCUCCAGCCCCUCCGCCUUCACCUCCAGCAGCACCCACUCCACAGCCCGCAGGCCUCCCCACACCCCCGCUGCCUGGUGCUUCCCAGAAGAGGAAGCGGGAAGAGGAAAAAGAUUCAAAGUCCAAGAAAAAGAAAAUGAUAUCUACUACCUCAAAGGAAACCAAGAAGGACACAAAGCUUUACUGUAUCUGUAAAACACCUUAUGAUGAAUCUAAGUUCUAUAUUGGCUGUGAUCUUUGUACUAACUGGUAUCAUGGAGAAUGUGUUGGCAUCACAGAAAAGGAGGCUAAGAAAAUGGAUGUGUACAUCUGUAAUGAUUGUAAACGGGCACAAGAGGGCAGCAGUGAGGAAUUGUACUGUAUCUGCAGAACACCUUAUGAUGAGUCACAAUUUUAUAUUGGCUGUGAUCGGUGUCAGAACUGGUACCACGGGCGCUGCGUGGGCAUCUUGCAGAGUGAGGCAGAGCUCAUUGAUGAGUACGUCUGUCCACAGUGCCAGUCCACAGAGGAUGCCAUGACGGUGCUCACACCACUGACUGAGAAGGACUAUGAGGGCUUGAAAAGGGUGCUGCGUUCCUUACAGGCGCAUAAGAUGGCUUGGCCUUUCCUUGAGCCAGUAGAUCCCAAUGAUGCUCCAGAUUAUUACGGUGUUAUUAAGGAGCCCAUGGACCUUGCCACCAUGGAAGAAAGAGUACAAAGACGAUAUUAUGAAAAGCUGACCGAAUUUGUGGCAGAUAUGACCAAAAUUUUUGAUAACUGUCGUUACUACAAUCCAAGUGACUCCCCUUUUUACCAAUGUGCAGAAGUUCUUGAAUCAUUCUUUGUACAGAAAUUGAAAGGAUUCAAGGCUAGCAGGUCUCAUAACAACAAGCUGCAGUCUACAGCUUCUUAGAGCUCCCCGUGUUAACUUAACAUGAAACACGCAAGGAUCUGGUUGUCUGAACUAUUUUAAAUUAGGAGCCAGAUGUUUUUAGUCAGGUUAUCCUGACAAGACUUGACCUAAACUUCGUUUUUAUUGGUCAUAAGAGUCCAAUUAUAUUCUUGGCCAAUUUUGUCCAACGGACAAGGGAAAAGCAAAGUCAACGGCACCAUUAUCUUGUCAAGAUCAAAUGGUUUUACUAUUGUGGCAGAAGCGGGAAAAUUUUGUUUAUUGAAAAAAGAAAAAGCAAGAAAAAAAAAGAUACUAUGGGGUCACGUGUAACUCCAUGGAAAUGCCACGUCUGCUCUUCAGUGAAGAAGCUGGUUUAGAGUCUCACAGAAAACUCUGACUGUAUUUAUUUAUUGUUGCAAAAAAGACGCUUUUUUAUCGCUGCCCUCGUUUGUCAGCUAAUUAUUUUUUCUUAUAAAAUCCAGCCCUGGUUACCUGUAAUCCAUCCUGUAUCUUAUCAUGAUUCCUGUAGGUAAAGUACAAGACGACCUCUAGAUGUCUUUUCUUUCUAUGAAAGGAGCUGCUAUGUACACAUGUGCACACACACACAACUGGGAAUCAACAUGAGUUUAUUGUCCAUGGUAGAUAUCAAUUAAGCUUGCAGAAAGGUUGGGCUGAGUGGUCCUGGACUCCAGACUAAUGCCUUGACUACACCAGUACAGUUUGUCAUUUACUCUGCACCAGGCUAAAAUGAGCAAAAUCUAUUUGAAGGUAUCUUGUUUGUAAACAUUUGUCAGAUUCUAAUUUUUUCUUUUUGUAUUAAAAUUCAACUAUGGAUGUAUAUGAAUCGAAAUAAAUGGAGAUAAGUUUUCUCCCACACGGAGGUGUCUUUGAAUGUGCGCUGAUGCUGAUCUGUAAGCUUUGUUGGCGGGGAGGGCUGCCAAGGAGAGGAGAGCAGAAGGCCCCAGGCAGACCUGGGCUUGUCCAGGACAGUAGCGGUCCUUACUCUACAGUGCCCAGUCCAUGGUCACCGCAUCAGAGGAAACCUCCAGGGUGCUAAUCCUGUCGCAUCCUUUGAUGGAGCCCAUGAUAAACAUAGACACCACACACAUCGCCUUCGUCUGACUAGGCAAAUUAGCAGUUGCAGCCAGCUACUUAUGUUGUCUGGAGGGUGUUUCAGAUGACCUUGUCCGCUGUAGUUCUUUGUUUGUUGGUUGGGUUUGUCUGUCCGCUCCACAUAAGGAACAGUAGCUAAGCAGUAUGGGAAGAAUGGAAGCAGUAGUAGAAGGUGUGUUUGCAUGUUUUUCCUUUCCCUGUUCUAACCUUACACAUUGUAUUACUGUGUUGUAAUAAUAGCCUCUCUAAGAUCAGCCAGCGUUGGAUUAUGCAGCUUUGCAAAAAUUUUCCUAGACUUUGCACUAAUUCAUACUAGCUUUGGCCUACCAAGUCCUGGAAUUUACCAGUUUUGUUUAUUAAAAGUUUCCUUCUGUUAAGUGUUGCCCUGCUAUGCAAAACCUUCCCCAGACCUUAGUUUCUUAACAGAAAGAUGUUGCUGCAGUUCCCAGUUCUUUCUUAUUACAGGCUCAGGUGUACAGGUUCUUCUGGGUUAAUUUUAAUCUAAUGAAACCCAUUCCUUUUGUACAUAAAGGUGUCACUUAAACCUAUGCUUACAAACUAAAGAAACUAAUUGCUCAGUAUGGAAACAAAGUUUUUGCUUAAAAUUUUAAGAGGGACGUAGUUAAAUACAAGUUAUUUUGUCCUUUUAGUUUUUAAAAAAAUGUUACAUGUUGUAUGCACUGUGCAGAUGCAAGAAUUCUACAUUUUAAUGAAUUAUAAAUUUAUUCUGCAUCUCAUCACGUCACAGUAUUUCUGUACUAUUUAUUCAUAUAUAUAUAUAUAUAAAUAUAUAUGGGCUUAAUCAUUUAAAACUUGUUGCAGCAAGAACUUUCCUACCUGUAGGCAAUAGAUUGCUAUGUUUUUAACAAAUUGUGGCAAAUUCUAAACAGCAGUUCUUUUUGUACGUAAUAGGACAUUUCAUCCUAGAAAAAUAAAAUAAUGUUUCUGACAUUG